AUUUCUUUUCAUGUACAGGAAGAGAUGAAUGCAGAUGCUGCAUGACCUCGAUCGAGCUGUUAUAGUCUCCAGUUUAGUUAUUCUCCGGCGUGACGCUUAGCUUCUCCGCUGCUUACUGCAACUUGCCGGAAUCAACCGCUGCGCUAGCUGCCAGCUCAGAAGUACGAACGAACGAACUCGUUUCCGUGUUGUAUGGAAGAUUCUAGAAGCGCGAGGGCGGAGCGGAGGCGGUGAAUCGGAUCGGCGAGCGAGUCCAGUGAGAGUGCGUGGUAGCUAGCUAGGAGAUGUAUAGUGAUAGUAAGAUGGCGAUGAGGGCGAGCGUGUUUAGCCGGAGGACGCUCCGGCAUGGCGCGAUCGUCUCGGCCGUUGGAUCCGUGAGGAUCAAGCUCCUGCUCUCCUGUUGCGUAUUGUUCACGCUGAUCGCCCUUGCGAGCCGCGCCGCGUGGUUUAUGGGGUGGAAGCACCAAAAUUCUUCUCCUCUUCAUCAACCGUCACUGCACAGGAAAGGAUACACUAUUCUGAUUAAUACAUGGAAGAGAAAUGAUCUUCUUAUGCAGUCUAUUUCCCACUAUUCCUCAUGCCCUGGGCUUGAUUCCAUUCAUAUAGUGUGGAGUGAGCCUGAUCCUCCCUCAGUUUCACUUGUUGACUAUCUGAAGAAUGUUAUCCAUUCACGGUUAAGACAUGGGCGGCGAAUUGAGCUAAAAUUUGACAUCAAUGCUGAAGACAGUUUGAAUAACAGGUUCAAGGAGCUUACAGAUUCGAAAACAGAUGCUGUCUUUUCGAUUGAUGAUGAUGUCAUAUUUCCUUGUUCUUCAGUAGAGUUCGCCUUCACCAUCUGGCGUAGUGCGCCUGAUACAAUGGUGGGAUUUGUACCCCGCGUCCACUGGAUUGAUCAGUCGAAAGGCAAUGCAGAUAAGUACAUCUAUGGAGGGUGGUGGUCAGUGUGGUGGAUGGGAACCUACAGUAUGGUUCUUUCCAAAGCUGCAUUUUUUCACAGAAAGUAUCUUAGCAUGUAUACUUAUCAAAUGCCAGCAUCCAUUCGAGAAUAUGUAACUAAAAACAGGAACUGUGAAGACAUUGCCAUGUCCUUCCUCGUGGCAAAUGCGACCAAUUCUCCUCCUAUCUGGGUACAAGGUAAAAUAUUCGAAAUUGGUUCAACUGGGAUCAGUAGCUUGGGAGGUCACAGCGAAAGGAGGACUCACUGUGUCAAUAGAUUCGUGGCCGAGUAUGGGAGAAUGCCAUUGGUUUCCACUUCUGUCAAGGCUGUUGAUAGCCGAAGCAUCUGGUUUUGGUGAGUUAACCAACCUAUUCCACAUCUCUACCGCCAUUUUUGUAGCCGUAAAUUGCAGGGCAAUUCAGUACUACUCAUUGAUAGAGUUAGCCUUAAGUUACAUAGCUUGUAUUUGUCACAUAUGUACUGUUAUGGGAAAGUUUUCAAUUUCACCAUCAAGUGUUCAUAUGUGUCCUAUAGAUUUAUUGAUUCAGGUUUGUCCACAUAGAAGCUGUCAAAUGGUACUCAGAUGGGAGAUAAUUGAGUUUAUCUCCAGGAAACCAUUGUGUAGUGUUUUUCAGAAUGCAACAUUUCAGACUGAACAGAGUGUAUUCAUAUCUAUAUCCAAAGAUUUGGUAAGUUAAUGUACAAUGAAUACUGUUUCAUAACAGUAGUUUUCAUGGAGGUUUGUCCAACA